AUGGCAUACCGCAGCCUUACUCUCCUCUCUCUGCUUUUUCCCUCUACCCUUGCCCAGGACUCCGACCUCGUCGGCUGCAAGGCAGUCUCAUGUCCCAUCGAGGGCACUGAGGAUCACUGUACGGUUGCCGAGGACAUCUUUCUCGGCAGUGGCACGCUCCUAUCCCAGACGUUCCCUCAGCGCUUGAGGGUCUAUCACUUGUCAAGGGCGUCAAUCUCACCGUUUGAGAAGGAGAGGCCUCUGAAAACGCCCGUGAGUUUAAAUCAGUCUACUACCUCGGCACCCCGUCAAAUCUAG